GUUGUUAAUUGGCAACGCUAUUAUUAAAGGAACGAGUUUCAUGAAAACAACAAUUAUCAGCAUAGUGACGAUUUGAACGAAAAUAACGAAUUCAAUUAUUCUCGCGUUUUUGUAGAGAAAACAUGUAUAAAUUUUUAUGUCGUGUUUUUAAUAUUGUUAUGGACAUUUUUUGCGGCCUUGUUAAUUAAUAAAUAUCAGUGAACGCUUAAUAAGUUGUAUAAAACAAAAGUGUGUGCUUAAAAUAUAAAUAUGACAAUUUACAUCUGUCUAUAAAAGAACUAUUUUCGAAAUAUACAUAUUCCGUCGUCGCAUCGGGUAGAACGAGUAGCGAUUUGCGUACUUUUUCUAUAUUGACGAUCCAAAUGUAUUGGUCAGAGUGAAAUAGCACAUACAUUUGCUGAAGGACGUUUCGCAUUUUUUAUUUAUUCGGUGUUUUCAAGCGCUGGCGCUUGAAUGUUUCUUACAACAAUAGAUCUUUCAGUGGUUUUAGCAGAUAGUUUUUGUUAUAUAUUUGCAAGAUACAAUUUGCGCACAAUUUAUUUGCGUAGCUACCUGUUUUGUUGACGACUUAAGCAAUUAUUAAAUACUUGUGUUGUUUUGAAAUAGUUAAUGUGUAAAAAGCUGUUGUAAUAUAUAUUAAAAGAAUACGUAAAAUCUUUAUAUUGUACUGUUCGAUAUUACACACUUUUUGCCGCGCUUUUUUGCAAGUGGUGUUUCGAUUUAUGAAAAAUACGGUGCGAGAGCAUUAAAAUUUGUUAAACUGGAUAACAACAUGGGAAGUUCGGAUGACCGCGUUUACGCGGCGGAGCGGAUUAUACAAAAACGCGUUAGAAAGGGUGUUUUGGAAUACCGAGUAAAAUGGAAAGGUUGGAAUCAGCGGUAUAACACCUGGGAGCCAGAGGUUAAUAUACUUGAUCGGCGGCUUAUUGAAAUAUACGAACAAAGUAACCGAUCAUCUAAUACGCCAUCAAAGCGUGGAGGAAAGCGUAAGGAAAAAACACAUGACCCUGAACCGGAGUCGGAGGAGGAUGAGUAUACUUUCACUGGCGAUGAUGGUGAUAUAAAUCAAGCAUCUACUUCAUCCGCUGCAUUAUCCAAUAACCAUCACCAUCACCAUCACCACCAUGAUAAAGAAAAGGAUAAAGAUAAGAAGCACUCACAUCACCAUCAUCAUCGCUCGCAUUCGCCACAUACAGAUGGGCAGCGUGAUGUUGCUAACAACAGUGGUAAUAAGCGCCAUACCUAUACCUCGACGUCGGCAUCAGUGUCGGCUGCUGUUGUUGCAGCAGCCGUUGCUUCGAAUUCCGUUUUAAAUUUCAUUCCCGAGGCUGAUUCUAAUUCUUCCAGUUCUGAAGAUCAGCCUUUAAGUCGCAAGGAGGUCACUUCUAUGGGUACUAAACGUAAAGCUGAGGUACUAAAGGAAUCUGGUAAAAUAGGUGUCACUAUAAAAACCUCACCGGAUGGACCACCGCCACCUAAACAACAUUGUGCUACUGGUGCCAGUUUAGAUACAGCAACAUCAAUAUCGACGCCGCUUAAGUCUGAGACUGAACCGCUAUCACCAGAAACACCAGCAUCACGACCAGAACAAGCAACACCCGCAGAAAAGAACGCAGCACUGCAUCAGCAUUACAAUGCCACAGCUGCGUCGAAUGCCGACGACGAUGAUUCAUCAUCACAAGCAGAUAGUCAAACGGAUAAUAAUCAUGCGGCAGCACAUAACAAGGGAACGGGCGAUGACGGCGCUGGCUCACCCAAGCGUAAUGGACACGUUACGGAACAACAACAACGACAAAGUGCAUUGGCGCCACUUUCGCCGAAAGCAUUGCCACCACGUUUCUGGUUGCCAAAUAAAUGUAAUAUCUCGGAUAAAGUGGUAAUCACAGAUGUUACCGUAAAUUUAGAGACUGUAACCAUCAGAGAAUGCAAAACGGAGCGUGGUUUCUUUAGAGAACGUGAAUUAAAGUCUAGUGGCAUGAAAACAGAAUCUGAUUCAGCUGCAUAAAAGUGCGUCGCAACAAAAUUAAAAAAGCAAAACAAGGAAUACAAAUUGUAAAUAUAAUAUGUUAAAUUAUUUGAUUAUAAUUUUUUGAGUGAGCCUGAGUUUGUGUACUGCGUUGCGUUUUAAUAGCCUACAAAAAUUUCAAAAUAUUUAUAUUUAUUAAAAAAAAAGUUCUUCAUAGUAUAUAUUAUUUAUGAAUAUAUGUAUUAUUUACAUAACAAAUAUAUAAAUAUUAUAACGUUAGUAUUAAUCAUUCAUUAUAAUUUUUUUUUGUAUUUUGUCAAGAGCGUUUUUGUAAAUAAUGUAAUAUUGUUUUAGUUGUAGACAUAAUUGUCUUAAGCACACAUAUAUUAUUAAAAUCCAAACUGGAUGAGCCAGAACCAAUUGAAAAGUGAAAGAGAAAAAAAGUGUAAAAGAUAUUGCAGUGUAGUUACUUAAAUAUUGCGGCAUAUAAGCAACGAGCAGAAAAAUAAAUUCGAAAAAUAGAAAAAAUUUGCGCGAGGUUAACAUAGCAUUAGCGAGCAAGAGGCAUAUGGACUACUAUAAAUUAUAGUUUCCUUUUAUCAUUUAAUGUUAGUUAAGGCUACAUAAGACACAUUCCUCAGUUGUUAUAGUUGUAUGGAUUUGUUGUUAAGAUUUUGCAGAAUUUUAUAUUCUGUAUUUCUCAUAUAAAAUGCUUAUAGUAGAAAUAGAACAGCAAUUAAAAGUACGAAUAAUUUGAGAUAAAGCAGUCAAUGUCUUACAAGCAGUAGUGAAAUUUAAACAAAUUUAUCAAGAUUAUCAAAAAACAUAAGAAUUCUGAAUUCAUAAAAAAUUUUAUGAAAAAAACUUAAAGCGUAAAUCAAACCAGACAGUCAAAUUCAUUCAGUUCAUUAUAAAUAAAACGGUUAUUUUUAGCAGACACAUAUUUUGGACAUAUGUACAAGUAUAUGUAUGUAAAUGCAUUAAAAUACAAUACAUUUCUUUUUUUUUAAGAAUUUGUACAAUAAUUUUGUAAUUUUGUCAGCUAAACUUGCAUAUAUUGACUAUAUUUGCAUUAUGCUUAAAGAGUUCACGCCUUUAAGAGCUCCAAACGUAUUUAUAUAUGCAUCCAUUUUUUUUUUUGCUUAAUCUAAAUCAGAUAAAUUUGAGACGGCGGCCAGAGAUUUUAAAAUUGCUUUGAAAAAUUCAGAAGCUCAAAAAGAACAGAAAUGCAACGACCAUUUAGCGUGCAGCUUGAGUUCGAAUGCAUUAAUUUUGUUAUUUUACAUAUCGAAUACAAAUUACGUUUUAUGCCAUCGCUGUUGUUGCAAAUACUAUUUGCAUAUUAUCCAACAACUUUGUAUAACACAGACAGAAAAUGCUUGUAGUUAGCUGUUUUCGAAAUGCAUACAAAUUUAUGCAAAUGGAAAAUAACUAAAUAAAUGCUUAACAUAAAAGUAACUGCAUCCAAAUUCAAAUCAAAUUUGAUAUCCUUAAGCAAUAAUCACUAGAUAAGUGUCAAUUGCCUUGUCUUUACUCGACUUGAAUGCCUAAUAAUCGCGGACUAUACCGAGUCAUACGCUUCGAUAUAUAUGUAUGUUUAUGAUAAAUUAUUUUCAAAUAUUUUAUAAGCUUAAGAUUUAUGGACUUUAUGUUUAAGUAGCAGUUAACACGAAAGCACGAAAUUUAAUUUAAAAACUAAAGUUAAUGAUUGUACAAAUAUAUUAUGAAACUAUAUUAUAUAAUAUUACCUAGCGAUGAGUAACACUAGUGUGUAACUGUAAAUACAUAAUAAUCAGUAUAUGAAGCAAUUAA